CUAGCCUAUUAUUACAUUUUAUGCAUAAUCGGGGAAUACUGUUACGAAACGCAAGGCAGCUCCUAGUUUUUCCCCAUGUCGUGCUUAGGUUUUGAAUACGGCAGUGAAGGCCCACUCGGGCGAUUUGGGGCCAAGGCUUUGGAGCAGCCAACGACUUGCAGAGGAGGAUACGCAAACGGUAGUGUGACAAUAAAAGCAAAGACGACGCAAAGACAACGAACGACGUCCGUGCGAGCAGAACGACGACGAUCAGUCUGUCGGGUGGGAUUGGCCUAGACUUGAAUGGAGUAAGGACCAAAGUCGCUGACAUUACAUGUUGUGCGUGGGCUAAUAAAAGCUGACACGAGGGACGGCAAGAUAGACUCGAAGCCUCAAACGUAGCGUAGUGUUAGUGAACUUGCG